AUGCCGCUUCUUAUAAAAGGUUCAAGGGGUAAGGAAUUGAAGCUGCAGAAUGGCGAGUUCAAGUGGAGAGUCAAGAAUAAUGUUUGUUUUGUUGCAUGGCAAGACAACAAAGAAGCACUUCUGAUGUCCAACGACUUCCACUCGAAAGUUGGUCAAACCACAGUAACAAUAACCCAGAAAAAUGGCUCCAAAAUAUCGGUAAAAUGCCCCCUCGUCACCAAAGAAUACACGCAGAGAAUGGAUCAAAUCUAUUUAGAUUUGAUUAACUGA